AUGGGAGCCAGCGCGAAACGCAAGAGGGAAAAACAUAAAGACUUUCAAAAGCCAAAGUUAAAAGUUGGCAAGGCAAAGGCCAAAGCCGACAACUUUACCAAUACAUCCUUCAAAUCGAAGGCAAUAACCCUCACAACCCAAUCCCUGCACACCACUGCUCCGUCAACAACAUACCUCUUCGCCCAUCACAUCUCCCUCCUAACCCAUCACAGCGCAACAACCCGGAAAGAAUCCCUCUCGUACCUAAAAGCUCAUCUCCCCGCUGCUCUGUCCACCACCGCUUCCGGAACUCCCAAUGCAAUCUCUAACCUCCCGACCACCUCCUCACUGGUCUCCUCCCUCCUCCCACUAAUUCUCGACCCCUCCACCUCGGUCCGUGCCCAGCUCCUCGCACUCCUAACCCUCCUCCCACACACACUCUUAACCCUACACACGCGGAAGAUCCUGCUCUUCGUGAACUCUGCAAUGACGCACAUAUCCCCCGACAUCCGUGUGGACUCUGCCAAAUUCCUAGAUUGGCUGUUGGGGGCUAGCCGCGAGGAGGUGUUCUCAGCCGGGGGGUGGGGCGUGUGUCUUCGUGGGCUGUGCGGGUGUCUGGGGUUUAAUGGCGCUGCGACUGGGAGCGGGAGUGAGGGCAGCAGUUUGAUUGUGUCCAAGGUUCAGGAUGGGAAGAUCACUCUGUCGCAUCUGGCUGUCUUGACUAAGGUUUUGGAAGUGGGCUUAGUUGAGCGAGUGGAUCUUGAAGGGGAGGUUGGGGUGGGGGAUAGAAGGGCGAGGCCGGAUGGGUUGCAUGUUUCGUAUGAAGCGCAUAAGUUGCCGAGUCUGUCGAAUGUGUAUUCUUCUUUAGGGCUGUUUGACACACCGGGUAGUGUUUCUAAGGGGGGGGGGUUGCAGGACCCUGAGCCGGAAGAUAGGGACUCGAGGAUUAGUUAUCUUAUCGGUGGGGCCGGAAGGGGGGUGUUUGAUUCGCUGGUUCUGGGCUUGGGGAGGUUGAAGAAAGGUGGUGGUGAGAUGGGGAGAGCGGCUGGGAAGGCAUUGGUUGUUUUGGAGGCUGCGGAUGGUGGGGGGGUUGUUGGGCGGUGCCCUGUUGGUAGGUUGUAUGAUACGGUGCGGUAGUAAUGUAAGUCGGACGUGGACCCUUCAUUGGGUUGCUGUGUUUUGUAACCUAUCUUUCGCGGAGCGGCAUGAUGUGUUCUCGUCCCCGCUCGUCCAUGGAGUCUGGAAGUCUACACCAUAUGUUUCACUCGACUCUAAAACUAUCACAUCUUUUUCCUUUCACACUCUUUUCUGUUCUCUUCCUACACUACAUACCACAAUUGUCUUUUACAAAUUCGAGCGUGGGAGCCACUCAGAAUAAAGGCCCCCCUCCCGAUAAUAUACACCAACCUGCAGCAAGUGCGUUACCGGCAUUCCCACUUCCGAAGCGGUGAAAAAGAAAAUGAGAGAGAGGAAUAACCCUCGCAAUGCCUCCAAGUGCAAGGCAUAGCCACUGGAAAUAAACAAAGAGGGUCUUUUGGUGUGGCUAGCCCCGUCCCGAGCCACAACCCCACAGCACUGACGGAGAAUUUGUCCAAGGUGACUACCUCGACUAGAUAGUGCGCACUCUUGCGUGGCGCUGCAUCCUUUCUUGGUGUGCUGGAUAAUUUAGGAGCAAAUGGCUCCUAUCAUCCCAACUCUGAGAGACCCCUUCCUAGAGACGCGGUCCGGUUACGCUCAAUGGCAUGAGAACAGAGGGGCCAUUGAAGUGCGGACGGGUGCUCCGUUCGCCAGGGGUUUCCUCAGUGUGAGGGACUGCUUGGUUCAUGCCGCUUCCAUCUUUAGCUUGGGAUUCCGGCCUUCCAAAGGUAGGGAUUCCUUUAACUCUCUCGAUCUCUUAAAGCCUGUCAGCACCUAACCCACGCGCGCAAUUCUUCUUGUUGGCUGGUGCCCAUGAGCUCUUUGCGCCGCACAUUUCACCCUUCUAUUCACACGGUCUCGGAAAAACCGACCAAGGCUAGAUGAAUCGUUUUCGGGGUGAGUAUCCUGAAGCAGGAAUAAAGAUUCACAGGAGGGGUUGGGCUGCUUCCCUGUUCUCUGCCGCCGAGUUGGCUGUUGGCUAUAGAUCGAGUCGGUUCAAACUCCUCUCCCCCCUCC